AUGGACAGUUCAGCCUCUGUUCACUUAAGAAAUGCUUUAAGCGCUGUUCACAGUCCACAACUUAUACAGAAUAACGAGAAGUCGCCUUUGCCGGUGGAUUUAAAUACAGCUCUUUCGCUGUUAGCAAGGCCAGCAGCAACUCUCCCAGCAACAUUCCCGCACUUCGGUCCAUUUUCCUUUCCGGAUCCAUCUGCCCUAUUUGCAUUUUCACAACUCCGUUCCAGUUUGCCGAAUUAUCAAACGGCGACAAUAAUAUCGCCUCUCUUGUCUGCAACUGCCACAACUACAGGUGCCAUAUCCUCUGCCAGUCUUGGCCCAUCUCCUCUCAAACGGCCUAAUCGAGAACAGCAAUCAGCAUCUAGUCCACCAUCCUGCUCCUCUUCAUCGGUAACCUCAUCAUGCAGUCCUCAGCAAUCACCACAUCGAAAACAAGCAGCACCAGUACCUGACGAUAAAAAGGAUGAAGCCUACUAUGAACGGCGACGAAAAAAUAACGAUGCAGCAAAGAGAUCAAGAGAUGCGCGACGACAAAAAGAAGAAGCUGUUGCAGCGAGAGCAGCAUUUCUGGAGCAGGAAAACAUUCAGCUCCGUAGCCAAGUUGUUUUGUUGAAAAAUGAAACAGCAAAGCUACAACUAAUGCUUUUCUCAAAGCCAGAAUUAUUGGAUCCAAAAAUGUUAUCAGCAAGUCAGACUCCACAAUCCAACAUUUCUGAGCAGCAGCAGCAGCAGCAGCCAGAAUUGGCCACGCGCAAGUCAAAAAUAUGA